GUGCGUUUGGAUUUAUGUGGAUUUGGAUUUGGAUUUGGAUUUGGCCCAAAUCUCUUGUUUGGAUUAAUAAAAAUUGAUGGAUUUGGAUUUCAACAAAAUCCAACCAAAUCCAUUAGAAUUUCUAAUAUUAAUAAAACUGAGAAUUUAGAAUACUCUCUAAAACCCUAUUAUUUCAAAUCCACGGUUCACUAUCUUCUUCUUUCUCCUCGUAUAUUUUCUUUUUUCCUUCUAAAAUUAUCACGCCAUUGUUGAACUUUGAUCCGAUGAUCUGAGCUGUUCUAUUAUUCGAUAAUCUGAACUCUUCUCUUUGCAAAUCUGUUAUUUCAGGUAAUUUUUCUUUUUUUGAUUUUAUUAAUUUCAUAGACUAAAUUUUAAAAUUUCUAAAUAUGAGUGUUAUGCCUUCUAAUUAAUUAUUCAAUUCAAUCUAGUUGUUCUUGUUGUUGAUAGGUGUUUAUUUGGUUAUAAUAGAUGAGCUUUGAUUAUAAUUUCGGUUUAUAUUUGGGUCUUGAUUUUGUUUUUUCAAUUAUCAUGGUUUGAUUAACAAAUGCGUAUAUAUUUGCAUACCUAGUAUUCUGAUUUGCACUCAGCAUUAUAAAGUAAGCACUAAACAGCAGCUGAUUUGGAUUUAAUUAUAUUCUUAAUUUAUAAUUAACUUAUGUGUUGAUAUGUUCAAACAUUAACCUUAGAUGGUGAUUGGCAAUAGGAUGAGAGCAUGUUGGGGUGACAGAAACAUUUUUGUUUUGUUUUCUUGUGACUUCUUUCAGCUUUUGUCCUGAAACUCAUAUACUCUGCUCACAUUUCAAUAAUUUCUAAUCUCGGCAAUGAAUAUUGUUCAAAUGGGUUUCAUCUAAACUUAUUCUAUAAUUAGAUAUUGAUAAUAUUCGGCCUAAUUCUUUUGUUGUUGAACAAUUAUCAAUGUGUAUUAGCUUCUGUGUGAGAUAAUUAUUAGUUAUAGUCACACAUAUAAUUAGCUUGGAUUAAAUAUUUUUGCAGCUAUUUAACAUAGAGCAAUUAUCGAUAUAAAUGUUACAUAUUAGUUAUUGAGUAAUUAUUUAGUAAAUAUUUUAAUAUUUUAGUUCUUAUUUAAUCUAAUUUUUUAUAAUCAUUUUCAUAUAAUAAUUGUUUAGACAGAAAAUGGAUAAUAACUUACGAGGUAUGCAAAUUGGAAAAAAACGUACAAGAGAUGAGGAGAAUACAAUUAUGGAAGAAAAAGAAGAGUUAGAUAUUCUUAUUUUUAUAAUAAAUUUUAUUACAAUGAUCGUUGGAGCAUCAUAUCACCAUAACUAUAGGUUACGUGAUAUCUCAUGGGACAAAAGUGAACAUACUCAUCGUAGGUCUAUUUGGAUGCAAACUUUGGAGUCUGAAACUACAAGUAUUGAAUUAUUGCGUGUGAAUCCAGCAACAUUUAAAAAAUUAUGUGGAAUUUUACAAUCUGAAGGAGGGUUGGUGGCUUCAAGAAAUGUUACAAUUAAAGAAAUUGUAGCAUUAUUUUUGCAUAUUCUUGGUCAUGGAAUUAAAUAUAGUUGGGUUAAAGCAUGUUAUGCUCGUUCUGGAGAAACAAUUAGUAGACAAUUUCAUGUGGUUCUGAAGGCCGUGAUGAAGAUAGGCAAAUAUUAUAUUAGAGAAGCCAAUUCAAAUGAAAAUAAUCAAGAUAAUGGCAAGUGGAAAUUUUUUGAGGGUGUGCUUGGUGCACUUGAUGGUACGCACAUUCAAAUGACUGUUCCAUUUGAAGAUCGGGCUAGAUAUCGUAAUAGAAAAGGUGAUCUAAGUACUAAUGUUCUUGGAGUCUGUGAUCCUAAAAUGAAAUUUACAUAUGUGUUACCCGGCUGGGAGGGAUCGGCAACAGAUCCUCGAAUUUUAGGCGAGGCUCUUCAUAGACGCAAUAGGUUAAAGAUACCAUCAAAUAAAUAUUAUCUAGUAGAUGGAGCAUAUACAAACGGUCCCGGUUUUCUCGCUCCUUAUCGAGGAACACGAUACCAUCUUAAUUUAUGGAGAGGAAAUAGGCCAACAAAUUAUAAAGAGUUAUUUAAUCUUCGACAUUCAUCAGCAAGAAAUACUAUAGAGAGAGCAUUUGGAUUGUUGAAGAAGCGAUGGGCGAUACUACGAGCUCCUAGUUUUUUUGAUAAACAAACUCAAGUUAGAAUAAUAAAUGCUUGUUUCAUUCUUCACAAUUUUAUAAGAGAAGAGAUGACUGAAGAUGAUUUACUGAAACAAGUAGAUGAAGAGUUGGCGAAUUCUUUGGAUAUUGAAAAUGAGAUUAGGGAUGAAGAGAAUAUCCGAGCAAUACGGUUAACACAUGAAUGGACAACAUUUAGAGACAAUUUGGCUAUGCAAAUGUUUAAUGAAUAUCAAGCGCGAUAAGCAAUUUGAGAAUAUUGUCUUGGUUGCUUCUUCUGAUUCUCCAAGGUAAAAAUGAUGGCCUUUUACUUUCUUUUACGGGUAAUCUAUUAUCUUUUACUGGUAAUCGAUAAUUUGAUAUUAAGUAAAAAAAGAGUGAUAAUGACAUUGUUUAUCCAAAUAGUUUGUAUUUGGAUAAAAAAGAAAGAUGGCAGCUCAUAAAUUGUUUGUAUUAAGUUUUUAUUGUUGUCUGGUCUAUACUUUGUUAUCCAAAUAGUCAAAGAAUUAGAGAAUUGUUGCCCGAGAGUUGAUGCAAUGUGGUAGUGUUGUAGCUAUGGUGGUGGUGAUAGAAAAUGGAGAGAAGUGGCAGUGUCUAUGAACCUGAAUUUUAUUUAAGUUGGUGUUAAUGUAUGAUUUUUUUGACUUUAACUUUCAAAAACUGAAGAUUUUUGUUAUUUCUUGCAUCCUUGGUAAUGAUGUUAAGUUGCUACUGGUUCUUUGUUCCAUCAACAACAAUGUUUGAGUUGAUUGAAACUUGGCAUUUAAUUUUACAAUCAGUGUCUUGGCCUAAAGUCUCUAGCAAUUUUCCAUCACGGUCAUUGUCACUCCAGUUAUGACAUUUUUGAAUAAUAUUACCACUUUAAUUACAAUCCCAAGCUACAAAAACAUGCACUGUAGUAGGAUUCAAUUUUUUUUUUUGAUGUGUAUAUAAGAAUGAAUGAUAAAUAUAUGUUGUUUUUACCUCGUAAACUAACUUCAAGCUUGCUGGAUUUUGCAUUUAUAUGUUGUUGAGUGAGGCUAUUGUCUACUUUCAACUUCCAAUUAUAGGGACUACAGUUUCAAAUGCUUCUACAAACAGGUAUCAUAAUCUGAAUUUUAUUUAUGUUGGUGUUAAUGUAUGAUUUUCUUUUCAAUAGAGCUUUCCCGAAGCAAGUGGCUAUCAAAAUAAAACCAUAGAGAAUUGGGAUGAUAUUGUCGUAUUAUGUGGGAGUGAUCGAGCUACUGGGGAUGGUGCUGAAACCUAUCAAGAUGCCGCUGAAGCAAUGGAUCAAGAAGGAAAUGAUGCACAGUCUAAUAUUAAUCUAGAAGAGCAAGAAACUUCAAGAACACACCCUCAAAGUUCAGGAAAAAGAGCUAAAAAGGAUCACUUAGCUGAUGCAGUAAUGGAGAUAGCUCACUCAUUUAAAGAGUAUUUAGAAAGUAAAAAGAUAUCUGAGAGACCACAGCCAAGACCACAGCCUACCGGAGAAGAAAUUUAUGAUGUAGUCUCUCAGAUCCAAGGCCUUCAAAAGGUGGAUAUCUUUUCAGCUGUUAGGAAGCUAAUGCAGGGUUUUCCGGAGGAGUUUUAUUUGCUCAAGUCGCUUCAAGAUGAUGAGAAGAAAGAAUGGAUCAAGUUUCUUAUUGAAAGUAAUAUCUAACCCUUAUUCUCGUAAAUUAUAUUUUAUUUUAAAAUAAUUAACUCUAGUUCCUAUUAUUUGCAGGUUGAUAAUGGAGAUAAGACUUCAAUGUGUGUUGUUUUACGUUUUGUUCUUUAUGGCGAGGGAUAUGUGAAUUUUUUGAUGUGUAUGGAUGUUUGAGUUUAUUGUUUAUCUACGGAUUGUGUCAGGUGGAUUGGUAUAUUAUACGUUCUACAUUCAUUUGAAUGUGUAUUGGUUAGUAUGUUUUAUUUUAA